CAGUUUUCAGCGCUCUUCCCAUACUUGCACUACAGUAUCUUCAAAGGUUCAGAUUACGACACACGAAUUUCGAAUAUGGAACACGUUAUGAGCAAAUUAAUUAUUGGAGGCGCAUACGAUGAGAUAUAUUCAAUUCACAGAACAUCACCCACCAAUGAAGCACAAUUACCUUCACACAGGCAUGCCGGUUACAUUGUGAUCAGUUUUAAAAUACUCGAGGAACAAACGCGGCAAGAUGCUCUUGAGAAAUCGUGGUUAAGUUGGUCGGGCGCACGUGAAAUCUACAAGUAUUCAUCAAGAUCCUGGAACCUCAGACGUAUCUCGCUCCGUUGCAGAAUUCAUGCAUCUCGCUCGUUCGCUUAUGUGAUGAUGUGUGAAUUUGGUAGUAUAUUGCAUCCAUCGAAUCGACUGCAAGCGUUGGAUAUGUGCGAACGAUUAAGAGUUCGUAACUGCGGAUAUAUCUCCCUAUAUCAGAUAAGUUCU